AUGGAAACAGUGUCGCGGCCGUCGGACGGGAUCCUACGCGGGCGCGAGUACUUUUUGGUAUUGAUGGGUUUGAACAGUUUUACCCCUGUCGUUCCUUCUUUCCACAACUGGCGUUUUCCACAUGGGCGGAUGGCGGUGAAAGAGAGAGACAAGAGCUGUCGCAUGUAUGGCUUUGAAGACGUCGAUCCCUUUUCGACCCAAUACGACUUUGAGCCAACUUUUGAAGAUCGGUUCAAACAUAAGUGGCGGUACGAACGCUUCGGCUACCAAGACCCCGCGAGCAUCUUCACGACCCUGUCGGAACAGUACAACACCUUUCAAUGCAGGCUGCAAAGCCACCGAGCUUUUUAUCUCGAUGUUGGUUGCAUUGCGCUUGAAGCGACGGAUGUUUACGAUUUCCUCCAGAGGAUGGCAACACGCCAGAAGGAGCGGUUCACCGAGCUGCGCGAUAUGUACCUCGUGAUGGACUACGACGUUAUGCGGAACAAAAAGCGCAUGGACAAUUAA